AUGAAGGGCUUAUCACGAGCUUGUUCAAGGUGCGGGGGAUCAAGAGUCGGCGGGGAGCGGAGAUGGAUGAGCGUUGUGGAGCUGCGAGGGCCAGCAAAGAGACCGAAGACUGCUCUAUUCUUCCCAGGCCAAGGCGUGCAGAGAGUAGGCAUGGCAACGCCCUGGCUCGAAGCCUUCCCCAAUACUGCGAAACCCAUCCUCGAGGAAAUCGACGCAACGCUUGAUCUCCCUCUCACCCGCAUCAUCGCUGAAGGCACAAACUCCCAACUCACACUUACUGAGAACGCGCAGCCGGCUAUCAUGGCGACUUCCAUCCUUAUUCUCAGAGUCAUGGAGAAGGAAUUUGGAUUUAAGACCGAGGAGCGAGUGGAUAUCACUCUGGGUCAUUCACUCGGCGAAUUUGCGGCCUUGGUUGCAGGCGGUUAUCUCAGCUUCCAGGAUUCAUUGAAGAUGGUGAGGAAGCGUGCCGAAGUCAUGAGUCAGUCUUCAAAAGAUGCCGUGGAGCGCGAAGGCGGUGAAUUCGGCAUGGUUGCUCUGGUUUGCGAAUCAGAACAACGCAUGAAGGCUCUGGUUUCUGGUAUCCGCGAGUUCCUCGAUUUGUCCUCCCCCGGCUCCAAAUCCGAUUCUGCAGAGGAUAUUCCAGCGGUUCAACAGGUCCUGGUUGCGAAUAUCAACUCCAAGAACCAAAUUGUGCUGAGUGGGAGCAUCGAAAGAAUCAACAUGCUCUUGACAAAUUUGAGGCAAUUCGGGGGUCAUGAUCCAAGGCACGUGCGGUUGAAGAGUGACUCACCGUUUCAUAGCCCGUUGAUGAAGCCGGCACAGGAAAUGAUGAAGCAGUUACUAUACAAAGAGAAGGCGGAUGGAAGCGAUAUCAUUACCUGGCCCGGCGUGAUGCCCUGUGUUUCGAAUGUCACCGGCAAGCCAUUCAAGAACAUGGAGCAGUUGAAGGAUCUGUUAGCCAGAUCGUGCGUAGAGACGGUGCAGUGGUGGAAAUCGGUGAAAUAUUUGCACGAGGAAGAGAAGGUGAAGAGGUAUAUUGGGAUUGGGCCAGGCAAGGUCGGGAGGAACCUUGUGGGAAAGGAGGUUGGCAUGAAGGGGGCAGUCAAGGGAGGGGGUGUCUGGGGUAUCGCGACCCCGAAGGAGAUGGAGGAGGUAGUGAGGGCUCUGGAUGAUACAGAGCAGGCUGAUGAAGACUGA